GGCCGCGUCUGCUUGCAGAGCGGCGGUCACGUGGGCCCAGGUGGUGGCUGCGUGGGAAGCUGGGCCAAGAUGGCGGCGAUGAGGAAGGUGCUGCCGCAGCGACUGGUCGGCUUGGCGUCCCUACGGGCUGUCAGUACUUCAUCUAUGGGCACUUUCCCAAAGCAGGUGAAAAUCGUGGAAGUUGGUCCCCGAGAUGGACUACAAAAUGAAAAGAAUGUUGUACCUACUCCAGUGAAGAUCAAGCUCAUAGACAUGCUUUCUGAGGCAGGACUCCCUGUUAUAGAAGCCACCAGCUUUGUGUCUCCCAAGUGGGUUCCCCAGAUGGCUGACCACACUGAAGUCUUGAAGGGCAUUCAGAAGUUUCCCAGCAUCAGCUACCCAGUCCUGGUCCCAAAUUUGAAAGGCUUCGAGGCAGCGGUUGCUGCUGGGGCCAAGGAAGUGACUGUCUUCGGAGCUGCCUCAGAGCUCUUCACCCAGAAGAACAUCAACAGUUCCAUCGAGGAGAGUUUCCAGCGAUUCGACGUGAUCUUUAAGGGAGCGCAGGCAGCUGGUAUUCCUGUGCGGGGGUACGUCUCCUGUGUGCUUGGCUGCCCCUAUGAAGGGAAGAUCUCCCCGGCUAAAGUAGCUGAGGUCAGCAAGAGGAUGUACUCAAUGGGCUGCUAUGAGAUCUCUCUGGGGGACACCAUUGGCGUGGGCACCCCAGGGGCCAUGAGAGACAUGCUGUCUGCCGUCAUGCACGAGGUGCCGCUGGCAGCCCUGGCUGUCCACUGCCACGACACCUAUGGCCAAGCCCUGGCCAACACCUUGAUGGCCCUGCAGAUGGGAGUGACUGUCGUGGACGCUUCUGUGGCAGGACUUGGAGGCUGUCCCUAUGCACAGGGGGCAUCAGGAAACUUGGCCACGGAAGACCUCGUCUACAUGCUAGCAGGCCUGGGCAUUCACACGGGUGUGAACAUCCAGAAGCUCCUGGAAGCUGGGGACUUCAUCUGUCAAGCCCUGAACAGAAAAAGCAGCUCCAAAGUGGCCCAGGCUAGCUGUAAACUCUGAGCCCCUUGCCCCCCUGAAGCCCUGGGGACUAGGAGCACACACACAUGAUUCUUGGAGGAUGGGGACUGGGAAAUUAGAAAGAUUAAAAGAAGCAGGCACCCCGCAGCCAGCUCUGCCCAGAGGUCUCUGCUGGCAGAAGGGAGGCAAGGGGUCAGAGGAGUCAGUAUAAUGAGAGGCCUUGGGGGCUGAACCCUCCCUUCACCGUGGAUCUGACAGCCCAGCAGUUGAAUGCUUGCGGGCACUUGGGAACCCCGUUCCCAGCAGGGCAUGAUCCUCAAGGCUCCUCUCUAGAUGAAAUCUGCCAGCUGGCUACCCUAUAUGAGGGGCCUCCAACCUAUGGUGAGUUGUAUAAUUAUUUCAUUAUGUAUUACAAUGUAAUAAUAGGAAUAAAAUUCACAAUAAAUGUAAUGCGCUGGAAUCAUCCCCAAACCAUCGUCCCCCUCCCUGGUCAGUGGAAGAAUUGUCUCCCAUGAAAAUGGUCCCUGGUGCCAAAAAGAUUGGGGACUGCUGCUCUAUACCACUUACCCUGCCAUGGCCUUGAGGCCAUUGCUCUCUGACCUCUUAGGGUAAAUGACACGAAAGAGAUUUUCCCCAAGCUGACAGAGGCCAUGUGCAGAAAGAGGGAAGGGUUGGGUUUCUGUGGUGGCUAUCUGCCAACCCCAGCAUCUCUGCAAAAUCUGAACUCAAUGUGAUUUUUGAAAACAGCUUGUGUAAAUAAAGGUUUUAUGACACAGAACCAU